AUGACUGCAUAUGACGAUUCAAUUUAUGAGUUGAAUAUGUAUAAAAUAAAGCCAGCUCAGUUUUACGAUUUUCCAUAUUCUCGUGUAAUUAGAGAAUCAAUGAAACCAAAUUGGAUGAACGAUUUUGGUGUCCCUCCAACUUAUGAACAGAAAUCAAAUAUUGAAUCUACUUUAGUUGGAGGGCCGUUGUUAUAUAAAUCGACGGAGGGUAGUUUAAUAUCUUUUAAUAUAAAACCUAAGAGCAAAAAUGUCAUUCGAGUAGAUAAAGAAGUUAGAUCAAAGACAUACUUAAGUGGACUGGAUUUAAUAGGUGGUGCAUGGGGAUUAAUAGCAGCACUAUACGCAUUUCUUUUUGUGGCUGGACUUUUAUAUCAAAAAUUUUAG